GCCGGUUGCCUCCGCCUUCCCUUCUAGAAAAACCAUCUGCUCUCUCUCUCUCUCUUUCCUCCGCGAAGCGCCGCUCUUUUUGUGAACCGCGCCUCCGCCUCUGCCGCUUGCCUUCGCCGUCGCCUCCCGGAGCCCGUCGGUGGCUCAGAUCCCAACCACGCGGCCGCCUCCGCCUACAUCGUCGCCUCCGAAGCCCCCAUUGGCGAUUCGUCCUCUGCCCCUCUCUCUCUCUGUCCCAAGAAACGGCACCGCUUGGCUCUUUGUGACGAAUCGCGCCUCCGCCGUUGCCUCCCGAAGCCCCUUUGGCGAUCUCGGGCUCCGACUCGCCCUCUGCGUUGCCUCCGAAGCCCCAUUCUCAGAGAAACGGCUCCGCUCGGCUCUCGAAGCUGGCGCUGGUGGUGGUGAUGGUGGGGUUGAGGUGUGCAAGUGCGACAAUCGCAGCGCGGGCCGAAGCUCCGUGCCCGUCAACAAAUCGAAGUACACAUGAGUCCGAUCGACGCAUACCGUGAGCUUUCUAGUUCGUUUGAGUGUGUGCUGCUUCAUGGAGUUUCUUGAAUCGGGAGGUAGGUUUGAGGGUUGAACAUCCUCAAGAACUAAUAAAUAGCAUACAGGUAAUUUCAAAAUUAUGCAAGCAGCCAAUCGUUGUUUAUAUUCCAGAGCAUGAGUACUCAAAAUUGGCAUUGGAAGUCCGUGGUGGAGGUGGAAAAGUACUAGUGGCAGAUUACAAGAUUGCCAAGCAUGUCGGGGGUGAGGAUGUUGAUUCUUCCCCAAGUUUAGGGACAAACCGUGCUUGCCACUUCUUCUGCAUGUGUCCUGGCAGACAGGUAAUAGACAUCUUAUUUUGUUGAAAGGAUGGUUGGUUUGUUUCGUCUUCACGGAAUUGGUUUUUUGCCUCAUUUGGAGUCAAUGUGAUAUGUGAAUGUUAGGGAUUUUGGAAUGACAACAACGUCCGUAAAAGUAUAGUUGAUCCUGAAAAUUGUGUAUAGAAUGUGGCAUUCUGUGGUACACAUGGUGAUUGAUUUGCUGGUUUUUUAAUAGCUUGUCUGGAUACUUCAUUUAGACACAAUGGAUUAAUGCACAAGAUAUGAACUUUCUUUGAAUCUUUUUUCUCUAGACAUGAAACUAUCUAACCAAUGAGGGAAAGACAUAAGUCCAUGAUACCCCAUUGAGAUGAUUUUUUCUGUUUGGCAGUAAGUAAGAGAUAAAACCCAAUAACGGUUAAACCCCAUUGAGAUGAUUUUUCCCAUUCGUUAUUGAUGAUGAUGUGGAGUUUAGUAAUUACAUUGGGUCCCUAAAUAAAUCUCUGCUUGUAUAUUCUACUGAUUGUGUUUGAUUGUGCUCUAAAAAUGUUUGUGUGAGUGAUUGUGUUCUAAAAAUGUUUGUUUUGUAUUUCAUUAGGAGGGAAUUUUAUAGUCUCUCAUCACCUCAGUUAUUUUGCACUUGUAAAGAUAUCAAAUGGCUGACUUAGAGCAUGAAACUUCUCAUCUUGCACAUGUGAUGCGUGAUAUGGAAAAAGAUUUUGAGUUUGUAAUAGGGAUGGUUUUCUCAAAUGAACUUGAAGCAUAUCAUAAGUAUGUGGCUUAUGCAAUCGGCAGAGGAUUUGGAGUGAGAAAGGGUAAUACUGUUAAAAAUAGAAAAGGGGAAAUAACCCGGCGUACUUUUUUGUGUAAUUGUGAGGGGCAUUCAGUUGGGUCAUCUGAUCAAGAAAAGAAAUAUGAGAGAUUUGAAGUUAGAUGUGGGUGUCUUGCUCAUAUCAAAUUUAAGGUUGAUCAUGGUGUCUAUGAAGUCAUGGACUAUGUUUCUGAGCAUAAUCAUGCAUUUGUACCGGAAGAUCAAAAGCAUUUGAUUAGAUGCGGAAGAAUGAUAUUUGACACGUGCAAGGGUAUUUUGGUUGACAUGAUUAAAGCGGGCAUUGGGGGGACUUCAGCAUAUAAGUUUUUAGCAAACGAAGUUGGAGGAAGCAAAAACUUAGGUUUCAUCCUGCGUGAUUGUCAAAAUUUUUUGCAAACAGAAAGAUCCAAGGUUAUUAGUGGCGGAGAUUGUCAAAGUCUUUUGAACCAUUUUCAUUGCAUGCAAAUGCACAACCCAAUGUUUUUCUAUGCUGUUCAAGUAGAUCAGGAUGGUAGAUUGACCAAUUUAUUUUGGAGAGAUAGUUCGUCCAAAUUUGAUUACGACUGUUUUGGUGAUGUGCUAGUGUUUGAUACCACAUACCGUACCAACAAAUAUAACAUGAUAUGUGCACCUUUUGUUGGGGUUAAUCACCAUUGGAAGAAUACUCUGUUUGGUUGUGCAUUUUUGUUGGACGAGACUGCAGAAUCAUUUAUUUGGUUAUUUGAGGUGUUUUUGAAGUCUAUGGGAAAUAAGGCUCCGAAAACCAUAUUCACUGAUCAAGAUCAAGCCAUGGCAAAAACCAUUAGAAUGGUGUUUCCGAAUACACAGCACCGUUUAUGCACGUGGCACAUUGGGAAAAAUGCCAAUCAAAACAUUCUGCAUCUUUACCAUAAGCCGGGUUUUAAGGAUAAAUAUUUCUUAGCACUUAUGUAUAGAUGCAAAUCAGAGGAUGAAUUUGAAGCUACAUGGAGGGAAAUGGAAGAGGCUCAUUCAUGA